AUGGCCCCUAGCGCAUCAAGUACGGCGAACAACUCGCCUGCCAAAAAGACAACCGCCCCCGAGAAGAAAUACAAGUGCCAGUUCUGCAACCGCGCAUUCAGCCGAAGCGAGCACCGCAGCCGGCAUGAGCGAUCCCACACGAAGGAACGUCCUUUUAAAUGCUUGAAGUGUAGGAGCACAUUUGUUCGCAGAGACCUCUUGCUUCGACAUGACCGAACUGUUCAUGCCAAAGACGGUGGCGUCCCCCUCGUCUCUGAGGGCCGCCGCCGUGGAGGAGGGGGCGUUCGCAAGGCUUCUUCUCCAGCCCCUUCCAAGCCCUCGGUCACAAUUGAUCCUACAACAUUGGAACAAAUAGAGGCAAGCAGCGAUGGUAUGGUCGACCUUGAAACCGCAGCCAUGUUGAUGACAGAUUUCCAACAUAAGGCUGCAGCCGCCGUGACCGGCCAGAUCCACGAUCGCGCCGAGUCCGAUCGCUCCUUUUCCCCCGGACGUGGUUCUCUCCUCGAACCUCCCGUUUCAUAUCUAUCCGGCAAUGCGACGUUACCGCAAAUGCCUUGGGACUCGUUGGUUUCGCCCACCGAUGCGAAACAUCACCUUUCGCCGUUCGUAUCUCAGGAUGCCGCAGAAUCCCACGGUCUCAUGGACCGCCAUGUAUCUGACUCGCUGCCUCCGUCGCUGCACUCGCUGGUCAACUCCCUUCCCGUAUCGGGCAACUCCACACCGAAUGCUUUGUCUCCCUACCCAUCGAUGACCGGACCUGUCAGCCCCGUCAAUUACCGCCGGUCGCCGGGACCUAGCCAGGCUUUGACGCUGCCUAAGGCGCCUCAGGUUGCUAAUGACCUAGAGCGCAACCAAAUUGUGGAGCGCAUUCGUCUUGCCGACUCUCUGGGUGUGCUUCCCGAGUCAUUCCAGCUCCCUGCGACACCCGCGCUGAACAAGUAUCUGUCUACUUACUUCAACUUAUACCACCACCAUCUUCCAUUCCUGCACCAGGAGUCGUUCAAGCCCACCACGGCCUCCACACCUCUCUUGCUUGCUGUCCUCUCCAUCGGAGCUCUGUACACCUUUGAACGGCAACACGCUUUUAUGCUUCACGUUGGAUCCAAAAUGCUUGUCAACCAGUUUCUCCAGCACAAAGACAACUUUGAUUCGAGGAAGUGUCCUCUGUGGGCUAUGCAGAGCACUCUGCUGAACAUGAUCUUUGAGAGCUGGAGCGGCGACCCGAAGGGUCUAGAAUGGACUUGCUCAAUCAAGAGUCUCCUUGCCAAUAUGGUUGCCGGUAACCGAUACCAGCUCAAGGUUCGUACGGAAGGUCGUGGAGGACGCCAGCCAAACAGGGAGGAAUGGAUUGAGGAUGAAUCUUGCCGCCGCACCUACUACGCUGUGUACAUCUUCUUCGGCAUGCUCACCUUGACCUUCAACCACACUCCCGCGAUGAGUUUUGAUGAGUUCGACAACUUGGAGUUGCCCUCGUCUGAAUCUAUGUGGAACCUUGAUGUCAAUGACGAUGAGGCAUGGCGCCGAAGCUUGGCCUCUUUUUCGUCGAUGACCGUUCGUGAGGCCCAUGACUGCCUCUUCCAAGGCGAUCAAACCCGCUACAGCGCGUUCGCGACCCGUGUUCUCAUCAACGCUCUGUUUCUGCAGGUCUGGAACCACAAGAGAAGCUUCGAGGCUCUUCAGGAUGUUGUUACUGAGUACAAGCUCCGCCUCGCAUUGGAGACCUGGGAGAACUCGCUUGAGGUUUGCGAGCCCGAAACCAUUGUUGUCCCUCUCAGUACUCCUCAGAACGGUCACCCGCUCAUCUUCAACUCGAUGGCCGUCUAUCGCAACACUCGUGCCCGCCUUGAGGUUGACCUGAAGUCCAUCCAGGAAGCCCUGCGCUACCACUCUUCAUACGAAGUUGCAGCUGCAAUGACUGUCGCUCGCGAGAAGGUCAAGCGAUCCCAAGAGAUGAACAAGGUCAUCCAGUCAUGCUUUGAGUGCAUUGAGAUUGCCGCCAUCCAAGGAAUUAACUGGGUUGCCAAGACCUCUGCUACCAACUGGAGUGUCGAACACCCGCUUUGCGGGCUGGACCUGAUGGUAAUUCUCAGCCUCUGGCUUUAUCGCCUGGAACAUGACGAGGAGCCUGCCUCUGAGGCAGAGAUGGCCAUCUACAACAAGGUCCGGAAUCUGUUCGACGACGAUGCCGUCGACUCAUGUGGUAAACUCAGCUCCACCGUGGCCCGUGUAUGGGGUAACAUCCUAGACGGUGUGGUGGUUUGGGGUAUUACCAAGCUCAUGGGCGAGUCAUUUAAGCUUCACUCCCAAGCCUUGGUUGGCUACGAGGACUCGCUACGAGUUGCCAAAGACCAACCUAUUCACGCUGUGCCGACAAAGUCACUUGCCAGUGUUGGCACCGCAUACUAA